ACUGGACCCAACUACCGUGUCGUACCGACUAGACGACGACUAGUGCACCGUCGUACCAUAGUGUGGAAGGGAAGAACUGCAUACGAGUAAGUAAUCUGAAGCGAGUCAGGAUCAGUCAGUCUCAGAAGUUAUGCCUUUUCAGGAAGGUGGGAAUGGACGAUACGACAACUAUCCUCGUUCCAAGGCGAAACAUCCUAGAAGCCUUGUUUGCAUUGUUGUUCCAAGUCCCAAGCACCUGGAUCUUGAUCGCCUCGACUCUUAGAGUCUGGACUCCGUCUGGGGAGGGAAAAGUGGACUCUUUCCUCCAUUUUCUCCGUCCGGAGGCCCGGAGUUUCUCCUACCUUAAAUGGCACGUAUCCACUUCCCCAUCCCCACGCUUCAGUCCACGGUCGGCCUCUUCUCCGAUCUCUAUGCUUCGGCUAUUUCUACAAUCAACAAUGCUGACGAGCACACCGUGUGUUUAAGUUGACUAGUCUAGUGUAUAUGCUGAACCGAGGCUAUACGGAGCUUUCAACGGCCCCUCCC